CCAGCACUCCAAUCGAAGAGAGGCCGGCUACUUUUGCUGGGACCCACUAUUCUUGGUGUCAGUCACCCAAUAGCCACCAAGCAAAUCGUAUCGCAAAAAAAAAACGUUGCCAGCCCGUGAUCCUGAUUAACGAAUUGCUUUGUUAUUGUUAUUGACAUUUGUUAUUUGCACACCUACGCAAAAUUCGUUUGGCCGAUAUUCUAAUCAUACCGCGAUCAAGAUCUCAAACAGUCGAUUAAACCAUGCGCGGCGCCCUAAUGGAUUACUAUUUAAAAUUACUCUUGGUUAUUUGCGCUGCCCACGAAUUGGCCGGCGGAACGAUCAAGUCUACCAGUGAUGCUGUUUACAAAAAAUAUCUGUCGCUAAGAUCUUUGCCCUUCGAGGACUGUGGUUCUUUGUACCAGGUCAGCUACCUGGACAUCGAGAGCUGUACGACAUUGCCCUGCUCCAUGGCCCGCGACGCGACCAUUAAGGUUACUGUGCGCUUCGAUGAUAAUGGCAAUGGCGUCAGCUUUCUGAAGCACGAAGUCCGAUGGGUGUUUAACUACAUCAAGACCCAGGCGGCCAUAACCCCCGAUCCUUGCGACGGAGAUCACGGAUGCAUAGAGAGCGAGAGUGAUGGAAAGGCCUAUUGGGCCAAUAUCUUUGUGAACGAAACUUUGCCGGUGAUGAAAGGCAGCAUGUUGUGGGAAUCCAAGGAUGCGAACGAUCAGAACCUAAUCUGUUUCCAGGUUCCCGUUGUAAUCACAGUGUAAAUGUGUAAUCACGAAAAUAAAGUAAUUGGUGCAUGAAAAUCAACA